UCUUACAAUCUUUGGCCUUCGCCGUUUCUCAACCAGUCAAGCCAUAUUUUUUCCCUCAAAAUCUUGUUUUGAAAUUUAGAAUUUUUUCUUUUUAUUAUUUAUUAAAUAAAACCCCUAGAUUUUUAAUGUGCUUUGAGUAACUGGAAGCGAGAUUUGGAGUGUUUUUUUCCUCUGAAAUUUUCAUUGUUUUUAGCUUUUGAAAAUUUCGACCGUUAAGAGAAUGGGAUGAGGAAUGAGGAUCGAUCUGAAACGAGUUCCGAAAGUCUGUAGGGACUGGUGAAAGGUUUGUGUUUGUAGACGUUUGUAUAUUGAAGACAACGGGAUGUGCACGCUUGUUUUUGGAAUAGAAGAACCAACUCAAUCCAGCGCCUUCCUCCUUGUCAGUCUUUUUGAAUCUGGUUGAUGGGGAUGGUUCAAAUGAAUAAUAACAGUCCCGUGACUAGUGGAUUGGUUGAACUGAAUACACAUAUCUGUGAUGAGAACACGAACAUAAUGGAUGGAGUCACGGGUGAGGGGCAGGGCCUCUCGGACGAAGAUGAGUCACGUAUUAAUGAGGAUGUGGAAAACAGAAACAAGGGGAAGAAAGCAGUGGUUCAGCGUCGUGGUCCUUUAGUUUGCUGGGAGAGGUUUUUACCACUAAGGUCUCUGAAGGUUCUAUUGGUUGAAAAUGAUGACUCAACUCGACAUGUUGUUUGCGCAUUGCUGCGAAAUUGUGGCUAUGAAGUUACUGCUGUGUCAAAUGGUUUGCUAGCUUGGAAGAUCUUGGAAGAUCUAACCAAUCAUAUUGAUCUUGUUUUAAGUGAGGUAGUAAUGCCUUGUUUGUCAGGCAUUGGCCUUUUAUGCAAGAUAAUGAACCACAAAACUCGCAAGAAUAUUCCAGUGAUUAUGAUGUCUUCUCAUGAUUCUAUGAACAUAGUCUUGAAGUGUUUGUCCAAGGGUGCAGUCGACUUUUUAGUUAAGCCCAUUCGAAAGAAUGAGCUUAAAAAUCUUUGGCAGCAUGUUUGGCGGAAAUGCCACAGCUCUAGUGGUAGUGGAAGUGGGAGUGGCAUACAGACUCAAAAAUCCACAAAAUCAAAGAGUGGUGAUUCAGACAACAAUACUGGAAAUAAUAAGGAGGAUGACAUCGGAAGUGUGGGAUUGAAUGCGCAGGACAGAAGUGACAAUGGAAGUGGCACUCAGAGCUCGUGGACAAAGAGGGCGAUAGAGGUCGACAGCUCCCAGCCAAUAUCAGCACGAGACCAGGUCAUGCAUUCAAGGUCUGAAGUGCUUGGUAAUAUCUGGGUUCCUGUAACAAUCACGAGGGAGUGUGACGGUCGGGAUGAUGAACUUGACAAUGCAGUUAAGGGAAAAGAUUUAGAGAUAGGAGUUCCUAAAAUUACAGCUUUGCAGCUUGAAAACCCAAGUGAAAAGGUCAAUACCAACGUAGCUGGUGGUAAUCAAGAAAAAUUAUCUGAACUCAACCCUAGUAAAGAUGAUGAGAAACUAGAGAAGGCACAAUUGGAGCUUACUGGUGAGAAACUCGGUGUUGAUUUGGUAAACCAAGCUGCUGAUGUGAUAGGUGUCAUCUCCAAGAACACCGAUGCACAGAUAGAAAGUGCAGUCUUUGACAUCCCAGAUGGUCUCCCCCAGGUCUCCGAUACAAAAGGUAAGGUCAUCUACAAAACAAAGGAAAUGCCUUCCCUCGAGCUAAGUUUAAAGAGACUGAUAGAUGUUGGAGAUAGUGGAACAAGUGCCCCUGAGCGAAAUGUGUUGAGACAUUCGGACCUUUCAGCCUUCUCAAGAUAUAAUUCUGGUGCUACUGCUAAUCAGGCUCCAGUAGGAAAUGUUGGUAGUUGUUCUCCUCUUGAUAAUAGCUUGGAGGCUGCUAAUACGGAUUCUAUGAAGAAUUUCCACUCGAACUCGAAUAACAUGCCUCCGAAUCAACAGUCCAAUAGUAACAAUAAUGACAUGGGUUCGACCACUAACAAUGCCUUUAGCAAAUCAGCAGUUCUCAAUGACAAGCCAGCAUCUAAAACUUCGGUUCCCUCUUCAGCUUUUCAGCCUGUCCAGAAGGGCCAUGCUACUGCAAUGCAACCUCCGGCAGAAGAUAAGGCUGAUGCUGCAAUCGGCAAGAAGAUUUUAGCUAAAGCAAAGGGCACGGACCAACAGGUGCGAGUGCAGCAUCACCAUCACCACUAUUACCACUACCACCAUCAUGUCCAUAAGAUGCCCCAAAAUCAGACAUUAGAUAACCAGGACGAUCUUUGCCAGUGUGGGUCAUCCAAUAUGUCAAGUGCACCACAUGUUGAAGCCAAUGCUGGUAACCAUAGUUCAAAUGGAAGUGCACCGGAAAGUAACCAUGGAAGCAAUGGACAGAAUGGGAACAUCACUGCAUUAAAUAGUAGAGAACUAAAUCUCGAAAGUGAGAAUGGGCUUCUGGGGAAAGGCGGAACUGUUGGUGGAAUCGGAUUUGGAAGCAGUAAUGGGGCUGAUCAAAACCGUUUUGCUCAAAGAGAAGCUGCUUUGAACAAAUUCCGCCAGAAAAGGAAAGAAAGAUGCUUUGAGAAGAAGGUUCGAUAUCAGAGUAGAAAGAAGCUGGCUGAGCAGAGACCACGGAUUCGAGGACAGUUUGUACGACAAGUCCCAGAAAACAAAAACAAGGAUACCAAUUGCUAACCUCAACACUCUAUCCUUAGUCCGCGCAAAUUUUUGCCUACCAGAUUACGAGAAGGGAGCACUGGUUCGGAUUCGAUGUGCAGAUUAUGCUAGUAAUAAAAAUUUACGAACCAUUAAUCAAAGAUUGAAUUCCUUAUGAGUAAUUUGAAAUGUACUUUAGUAAUCCGACUUACAUGGCUUGCAAGGGUUGCCCUAAUAUAUAGUAUUAUCAUUUCAGUA